AUGGCGGCUGCAAGGCAACCCGAGAGGCUCAGAAAGUUAAAGGAGAAGGAGUUCAUGGAGAUCAGUGAGGCGUACGACACCCUGAGCGACAAGAAGAAGCGCAAGGAGUACGACCUCGGCGGCGGCCAAGGCGGCGGCGGCGGCGGCGGCCCCAGGGGGUCUCGAGGCGGCGGGCCCUUCGGCGGCCGCGGGGGCGGCGGCUUCGGGGGCGGCGGCGGCGGCUCCGACUUCUUCAGCAACUUCUUCGGGGGCGGCGGCGGGCCCGGGGGCCGCGGCGGCGGCGGCCACGGCGGGGCGGGGCCGCGGGGGCCGCCGCGCGGGCAGCCGCGGCAGGGCCAGGACCCGUUCGCAG